AAAAUAAAUUGACAGUUGUGACACCCGCUGAGUUAUGAAUUUGUGAUAUGUGGCGAGACGAGCGAGAUCACUUUCACUUUUGUUUGAUAUUCUAAAGAAUAUUCAGGGACAUAGUUCUCGUAGCGUGGUGCGCUUGUCGUGGCAUAGUAUUUAGUUAAUUUUGACGAAACAGAAGUGCGCGUUCCACUAUACUACCGCCACGUACACAAAUAGACUUGUUUUACGUAGAGAACGGGGCAUUCCUCGCUCAAAUAAGCAUGUACUAAAAAUAUUUGUAUAAAAUAUAACAGCAAGCUAUAGUGAAAAUGGGCAUGGAAAAACAUAACAAUGCGGAUGGCAAGCCAUCUGAGUACCUCUAUCCCCCAGAGAUACUGAAGAGGUUGGAUUUUGACAAAAGUCCAGCAACAUUCAAGCCUAAAAUCAGUGCGGCCAGCCCUGGUGAAGAUUGGAUGGUAGUGAGGCCUCUGCAGCGAUCUGAUUAUGAUAAAGGCUUUCUGCAACUGCUUGGACAGCUGACCAGUGUGGGCAAUGUCACAAGGAAGCAGUUUGAUGAGCGUUUCACAAAGAUGAAGCAGUCUGGCGGCUACUACGUGACCGUGAUCGAAGACACGCGCAUUUCCAAGCUGAUCGGAGCCGCCACGCUCACCAUCGAACAGAAGUUCAUUCACAACUGCUCUGUGAGGGGUCGUCUUGAAGACGUGGUGGUCAAUGAUACUUACAGAGGCAAGCAGUUGGGCAAAUUAAUCGUAGUGACGGUCUCCCUGUUGGCCCAAGAGUUGGGCUGCUACAAAAUGUCUCUGGACUGCAAGGACAAACUCAUCAAGUUCUACGAAACGCUCGGCUAUAAGCUCGAGCCUGGAAACUCUAACGCUAUGAAUAUGCGGUUCGAGGAUCCAUCUUGACAAUUAGCCGCUGGGACAUCCGACCUGCGCUCUAAACUGUAAGUACGCAAGGGGCCGAGCAGACAUCACGGCACGUCCAGUCAGCACCCAUCAUUCUAUCUCUAUGUACUGAAAUACGUCACUGUGUACUUAAGGGGCAUCUACACGGUUCAAGUUGCCUGCAUGCGCAGAUUACGUACGGGUCCAACGACUCGCGCAUGUACCAAAGCAAUACCCACCCGCGUGCUCUUCUCACUUGCGCAUGUUAACUUGCUCGGGCUACGUGCACCGUGUAGACGCACCCUAAUGUUUUUUUCAAUUUACGUCAUUAAAGGUGAACCAAGGUUGUGCAUUCGUUGUCUUUCAAUAAUUGACUUUUAGAACUGUUUGAAUAUUCACAUAUUGUUGUGAGCCGUUGUGUUUAUUUCUACAGACUAAUAUUGUUGUAUGUGCGUGGUGAGACCACACCUGCGUCAAUAUUACCUAGUAGCAAUUUGAAUAAAAGAAGGCUUUACGCUUUGUUGUAGAUAUUGAAACUAUGUAUGCUACAGUUAAGGCAAGAAUAAUAUAAUGCGAAUUAAUAUUUUUUUUCCAAAGCGAAAAAAAAAACAUGCUCUUCACGUUAUUUGCCCAUUAAAAUAAGUUCCAUUGUAUGUAUCAUGUUUCGUAGAUAUUCCGCAGGCGUGACCUUAUAAUAAAGAUUAGAAAGGUGUAAAACGAGUAUUUUUUAUGAUGUAAUUAACAUUGUCUAUUGAGAAAUAAGCACAUACAGCGUUACGCACACUUUUCUUAAAGGAGUCUGUGUACUAUAGUUGACGGUUCUAAGAGGAGGCCUAUUUAACAUGUCAGAAAUAGAGGGCAACUUCGAUUACUAUGACAGCAAUGUAACUACCUAAUUACAUAGUUCUUGGUUGCGUUAUGAAAUUUUGUUGAAUAUUUUUAAGAUUUGGCUUUGUUUUUUUCACAUAUAUUGUUGACUUUUCUUUGCAUUUAAAAGCACUUCAAAUAUAUCACUUGCGUCACGCUAUUUGCUCUUUCAUUGGAUAUGUUGUGGUCUCUGUUUUGUCUUUCGCUUGGUUACAGUCGCAGGGUCAAUUCUUCUAUCCAUCAAAAGUGGGGAUCACCUACUUACAAGUGAUGUCUAUGUUUGAUGGGGUGACCAAUUGAUUAUGGAUAUCCUAGCACAUAAUUUAGAAGUAGUUUUUAUCAUCGGAGCGCGCAUAAGACCUUUUUUGUUAUAUUUAGAAGUAGCUUCAUGUUUUAAAGAUUUUAAAUGUUUUGUUUUGCUUUUUAAGAGUAUAUUAUGUAUGGAAAAGCUAAAUACUAACGUUUAUUUUUAAAUGUGUUGCCAAUUUAUUUGUAAUUGUAGAUUAUGCUUGGUUUAAAACCUAGUCAGUUGUGCUAAUAUUUUUUGUGCUAAAAGGAAGUUUGACUGGCUAUGUUUAACUAUGUGAACAAAUACUAAUAUACAAAGCUAGCUUUGAGAAAGAAAUGUACUUAAAACAUGUAAGUUAAGAGAUAAACAUUUGUGUUACUAACAUUUUGUGUUCAUUUUGCAUUAUUAAACCAUUAUUGCUUA